AUGUAAUAGCAGACUGUCGAUGAAAGCAUUCUCUAAUAAUUGAGACGCAUUUUAAGUUUUGACUUCUUAAGUAGAAACUAUUUUCUAUUAAGAAAAUUUGAUCCGAACUCAGGGUAUGUAAUGCUUCAGAGUUUAGCCAAAGAAAAAAGCUUUAGACCUUUAAUAGAUUACCCCUAUGGAAUAGAGGCACUCGUCAAUAUAUUGAUCCAAUACAACUACAGUAAUUGGAUUUUUGAUCAAACUUUCAAUGUAGUUCGACCCAUCUUUGCAUAAGAGAGAAAAUAAGUCCAAAUUUUGAUCAAAAAGAAUUAAGUAGAUGAUUUCAAGACAUUUUUACAAGAAUUAGAUCUUGUAAAGGAAUGUGAAGUGUAGGAAGCAGAGUACAUUGCAAAUAAGGAUAUGAUAAAGUUGUUCAUCAUUUUUGACAAUGAAGAUGAAGCAUAAAUGAACUUUAGCAAAAUCUAAUAACAAAAAGCUACAUACUCAAUACAAAAUGCUAAAAUGGAAGAAGUUGAUUACUUCACCAAAUUUCUUAACAUUGUUCAAUCCAAACAAUAAUAAUUUUAAGAGUACAGGAUGAAUAACCCGAGAAAUUAUGAAGAUAGGCAAGCCGAAGAUUAAUAAUUUUCACAUUAAUAAACACAAAAUUAAUAAUAAUAGAAAUUCUAUUAGCACCAUUAACAAGAAAAACAAUAAUAAUAAGAUUACACCUCCUCAGAUAUUGUUAAUUAAAGAUUGAAUCAGAUCAGAUCAAGUGAUAGAAUAGAAUUCAAUUAUGCCCCACUUUAAGAACAGUAGUCCCUGUUCUCCUUUGUGCCUCUUGUCAACCCUACACAAUAAGUGGCAGUUUAAUAUAGCACUUAAUUUAUUGAGAAGAAAAACUCAAUUGAAAUAUUACCCUCAGAGGUAGUUCCUGAAUGCGCACGAAAAGAGGAUGCUGAAUAAAUUGAGACUCAAAAUAAUUAGAUGCAAAUUACAAGAGAAACAGAAUCCAACAAGGAGAAUUCAGUGGAAAGGAAUAAUUAAAAAUCAUAUUCAAGGGAGUUAUACUAAGAAAAGUAGCACUUCAAACCUGGAUAUUAAUAAAAUGGAUAUUAAUAGAAGAGAAGAAAUAACUAUGAUUACAAUCAAAGUAAAUAUCAUAACAAUAGAAAACCACAAUAUUAUAGUAUUAAAUUAAGUAAUUUAGAUCGUUUAGAGGAUGACCUAAAGGAAUUUACUGGGUAUAAGAAAUACCAACAACGAUAAUAGAAGGAAUAUUAUGAAUUAAAGAAGGAAUAUUGA